UGUAAAGCAGACGACGUUAAUCAGGCGAACCUUGAACUGAGCGCAGGUUCAAGAUACGACCUGCAAACAGACGACAAUCUUUUCGUUCCGUUAAAACGACGGGAGAUCGUAAGUGGGGUCGCCCGAAGUGCUGCGCUGGAGUAUAACAGAUUGAAACCGCGUUAGUAAACAACAGGAAGUCGCCAUGACGGAGUCAUUCAUCGAGACCACGUCGCACGGGAAAUGCCUCAUGAUACGCGGGUUUCGGUUUCCGCCGGGGUUCAACCCUGAGUUUGUGUGUCAAGCGCUCGAUUACAAACCUCGAGCAGGUGAUGUCUUCGUAUCGACGUACAUCAAGUGCGGCACAACGUGGGUGCAGUAUGUGGUGUGGUGCUUGCACAAUCUUGACAAACUCGCGUCUGGCGAGGGCGUACCCACCUUGACCGACCUGCUGCAUAAGCACGUGCCAAUGAUUGACUGGGUUGGCACAGAACCUUUGGCCCAGCUACCUGAACCCCGCCUGAUGAAACACCACCUGCCUUUCCACAUGGCUCCCUAUCAUCCAGAAGCCAAAUACGUCGUUGUGGUCCGCAACCCGUUCGACUCUGCAGUCUCCUUCUACCACAUGCGCAAGAGAAACUGGCUUUCUGCGGGCCUUUCAGAGGACUACAAGUUCGACGCUUUCUUCGAGUCCUUCAUGACCGGCGACGUCCCAUACGGGUCGUACUUCGACCACAUCUUGUCCUGGUACGAACACCGCAACGACCCCAACGUGCACCUUUUGUACUUCGAGCACUUGCUGGAGGACACGGCCGCAGAAGUCCUCAAGAUCGCGGACUUCGUAAACGCUAAGGAGAUCGGAAGCCGUCUGCGAUCCGAUCCUGGUCUUCUGGAAAAAGUCGUCGAGAAGACGUCGUUUACGAGUCUUAAAAAGACUGCCGUGCCCGACGAGGACGUGGAUGACAAAGACAUCGGUGACUGGGAGAACCCUAAAGGUCCCAGCAGGAAUUUCUUCAGGAAGGGGGUCGUGGGGGACUGGAAGAAUCAGUUGAGCGCGGAUCAGGAAAGAAGGCUGAAGGAGCUUUACCUUGCCCGGCUCGGUGGAACCGAGUUGCAGAAGGUUUGGGAAAAGUACUUGGGUUUCUAGGUCGUCUCAAACCGUGUUCCACGAUUUCCGAAGCACGGCGAUUAUGCCAUGUGACAAGCUUGUCGAGUGCAAUCAGCUACAUAAAUUUAAUUACACGCAGUUAGUUCUAUAACUAUUCAUUAGUUCUACGAGUGUUGCUAAUAUGUGAAAAAGAAAACGCUUUAUCUAGC